CCAGCUCCGAUAUUCUUACUGUCGCUCUUAACACCAUGUCCACCGAUCAUUUCUCCGAUUUUGCGCCCAACAAGACGCCGUUCAAGCCUCUUAUUGCCUCGCGCGACGGGUUGAACUUCACCUACGAGUCAUUGCACGACCGCGUGCCGCAUAUCCUCACGGACAUCAUCAAUGGCUACUACACGGCUAUCCAGGACUACGACGGUCCCAACAAGGAGCUGGCAGCCGCUGAGGGCAAGCAGAUAACCAGCCAGCUGUCCAAGCUCAAGCACGAGAUGGUCACUGACAAGCCAUUGUCGCCUCUUGAGGACGACGGUCUCGGCGACACGCAGGCAUGGAACGACUGGCUGCAAAGGUUUUUCCCUGGAGGCACUUGGUACUCGACGCCGUUUCUGACGUGGGAGACGUACAUGUACCGGCGCAUCGCCGCAAUCUUCAGAACGUCAAAGCACUGGAACACGUUUGAUUUUUUCUUUGCCAAGAAGGAGGCAACGUUCAAGGCGUCCAAGGCUGCAGUUGCGAAGCUGUGCAAGCGCGUCGAUGAGCUGACCAACGAGUGCCUGGCAGACAUUAAAAACACAACCAAGCUGCAUGUGACGUUCAUUGAGCUGCUGCAGGCCAGCCUGUGGGGCAACCAGACGGAUCUCAGCAUGUUCCCCGAUCUCGACUCUGCCCGGAUCGAGGAGAUGCAGGCGCGCAUAUCGUCGGGCGAGAACAACGCCAAGAUCGUUGCUAACGACGGCGAGAAGAUAUGGGAGAUUGUCAGCACGCUCCAGGGCGGCCGCGUCGACAUUGUCCUUGAUAACUCUGGGUUCGAGCUCCUGCAGGACGUGCUUUUGGCGCACUGGCUGGUCAAGGUUGGCUAUGCCAAGAAUGUUGUGUUCCACCCGAAGCGGGUGCCCUGGUAUGUCUCGGAUGUUACCAACGAGGACUUCCACUGGCUGGUCGACUCGAUGCGCAACCCGCAUUUCGUCGACGGCGCCGAUGUCUCCAGCGACGACAAGAAGGCGCUGCAGGCCAUGGGCGAGCAGUGGUCAAAGUACCUGGCGGACGGUGUCUGGUCGCUGCAGGACGAGCUGUACUGGACAGGGCCAUACGGGUACCGUUAUCUGCCGACCGAGGGCAAGGCAGUGUGGGAGGAUCUGACCAAGUCCGACAUUGUCAUGUUCAAGGGGGAUCUCAACUACCGCAAGCUCAUCUACGACCUCGAGUGGCCGCAUGCGACGCCGUUUGUUGCGGCCAUUGGGCCCAUCGCCGAUGCUCCGAAUGCUCCAGCAAUUGUCGCGCUGCGCACGUCAAAGUGCGACACAGUUGUCGGCGUUGCCAAUGAAAAGUCCACGAGCCUGGCUGCCACAGAGCCCGACUGGAUGGUCUCUGGCAAGUACGGCAUGAUUCAGCUCAGCCCUGGCCGCUGGCAGAAGCACUGA